CCAUGAAUUGCAACAAGGCUCGUAUAAAUAAAGAUGUCUAGUUGGUUGAAACGUGAAGCAAUCCAACCCACCCAAAACAAUACAAACAAUUCUCCAACAACCUAAACAAAACAAACAUCUCCUCCUCUCUUCUUCCCCUAUCUCAAGAUCUUCAGUCAUGGGUAUUGAAACCGCCCAAACUCCUUGUACAACAACCUCCAUUUUCACCUACGGCACCCUCAAGCGCGGCUUCUCCAACCACACACUAAUCCAAGAUCUAAUGCGAACCGGAGACGCCGUCUUCAAGGGAACCUACACAACCGUCGACAGUUUCCCUCUCGUUUGCGGCCCCUACAAGGUCCCUUUCCUCCUCAACUUCCCCGGCUCCGGCCUCCGCGUCACCGGCGAGCUUUACGGCGUCUCCGCCUACGGCCUUGCCCGAAUGGACGAGCUCGAAGGCACUACCCGCGGCCACUACCAGCGCUUGCCGAUUCAGGUGGUGGCUACGGCGGCGAUGGCGGCGGAGGCGGAGGACGAUAAAGAGAAUGAAGAAGGGGUGAAGAUAACGUGCGCCGAGGCGUAUUUUGCGGAAAAAAGUUACGAUAAAGAGCUCUGGAGAAGGAAUGGGAAGAAGGGUUUCGGGGUUUAUUCAGAAAAAGAAGCAAAAGGGUAUGUGAAAAGAAAGGAUCGGCCACAAAAUCUGAGUUUUUUAGAUCAUAUUCGUAAUUUUAUUUCUUCAUCUUCUGAUUGAUUGAAUAAUUUUAGUGAUUAGUUUAUAAUAAUAAUGGAGCAAAAAUUUUAAUUUG